AUGGGUUUCUUUGGUUUUCGAGGAAGGAAACUUCAGAUGGCCCAGAUCUGGGCAGUCAUUCUGCCAUGCUACCUUCUAUUCGGUUAUAACAACUCCAUUGCUGGGGGGUUUCUUAGUCUUCCAUCUUGGGUAGAAACCUUUCCGGCCCUUGACACUGUACAUACAAAAGGAGAGACAAGGAACCACAACUCUACACUUCAGGGUACGGUCGUGGCUAUGUACACUCUGGGCUGUCUCUUCGGCUGCCUCAGUUGCAUCUGGCUUGGUGACAAACUCGGCAGGAAGAAAACGAUCAUCUUUGGCGCUUUCAUCAACACAAUUGGGGCAGCUCUCCAGGCCUCUUCCUACUCACUCCCGCAGCUCAUCGUUGGUCGGCUAGUUUCUGGAUACGGCUUCGGUCACAUUACGGCCACGGCCCCCAACUGGCAGGCUGAGUGCUCUGGCGCUGCUCAUCGGGGUGCGGCGGUGAUGCUUGAAGGCUUGUUCAUCUCGCUCGGCUUAGCUAUCGGAGGUUGGACUAAUCUCGGCAUGUCUUUCCAUCACGGCUCUGUAACUUUUCGGUUUCCCAUGGCCCUAUCGGGUGUGUUCUCGAUUAUCAUUAUGCUUACUACGCCGCUACUCCCGGAAUCACCUCGGUGGCUGACCAAGAAGGGUCGGGUCGAUCCUGCAAGACAGGUGCUGGCUGACUUGACUAACACCGAUACCGAUUCAGUUGAGGUUCACGAAGCAAUCCAGGAAAUCGAGACAUCUUUGGCCCUUGCAGGAGAGGCCAAGGUCAAAGACAUCUUCACCAACGGCCCGCUCCGCCUGUUCCACCGUAUGUGCCUCGCUUGCGCAGCACAAUGCUUUCAGCAGAUGAGUGGCAUCAACGCCCUGGCCUUCUAUCAAGCCAAGAUCUUCGAGGACUACCUGGGUCAGACACCACGGGCAGCAAAGAUCAUCGCUGCUUCAGUCUUCACCUGGCAGACCAUAUGUUCACCCAUCGGUGUCCUGACUGUGGAUCGGUUCGGACGUCGCAAGUUGAUGAUGGUCUCUUCUCUAGGCAUGGGUGUCUGUAUGGCAGUUGUCGCGGGUGGGUCAUCGCAGCCGUCCAGCACGGCAUCGGUGGCAGUCGCGGCGGCAUUUAUCUUCCUCUUCUCACUUUUCUUCCCUACUGGGUUUCUUGGGCUCACGUUUCUGUACGCUGCUGAGAUUUCGCCUCUCAGUCAUCGCGUACCCAUCACGGCAAUGUCCACUGCCACCGCCUGGCUCUUUAACUUUGUUGUUGCUGAGAUUACUCCGAUUGGGCUAGCUACCCUCAAGUACAAGUAUUACAUUAUCUACGCCGCCAUUAAUAUUUGCCUCACUUUCCCAUGCGUGUACUUCUUUUUCCCCGAGACCAGCGGCCUGCACCUGGAGGAGGUUGACGCUAUUUUCACUGACAGUAGCAACAUCUUCGAAACCGUCUCUAUUGCCAGACGCAGGCGAGCAAUUGAUGGUAGAAGCAUUGGUGAUAAGGAGAAGGGAGGGAAAAAACAAGUCGUAGAGAUCGAGAAGAGCAUACCGACACUUCAAAACAUCGGUCAGGAGUGCGCCGCCAUGUCCGAUACACAGACUGUCUCGACAAGUGAGAGACCUACUCGUCGUCAUCCUCGAGGUCUCGUAGCUUGUCUUCGGUGCAAGAGCCGCAAGCAGCGCUGCGAUAAUGUAUAUCCGGCGUGCUCGAAUUGCCAUGACGCGGGACAGAAGUGCUCGUAUGGAGCAAAGCAAGCGCUGCCAGCAGAGUAUGUGAAGUCUCUCGAGCGUCAGGUCUCAAAAUUACAACAAGAGUUGGCCUUGUCGCGACAAAAUGUCGUCACUCCGACAAGCAGUUCUUUUUUGCAGCAACAGCAGACAUUGCCGAUGGUGCCCAACAUGAAUGAGCAAACAAGUUCAAGGGAGACUGCCGCUUCGGACCUGGAAGCCAGCGCUGGGAUUGUUGCCCCAUCGCCAGAUUCCUUCUUGGGGACCUCAAGCGGGUAUCCUCUCACGAGGCUCCUGCGAUCGGCAUUGCCCUCAGUGGAUGCACACCAAGGCGAUCGAGUAGUAGCUGUACGCGAAGUAGAUGCCGCGACAUGCUCUUCAGCAGCUAUACGCUUGAAUGGCGGUCAGCAGGCCGAGACCGAUGUAUUCUUUGGCGGCUCAGACUUACCCACCAAAGAAGUCGGCGAUAAGCUUAUUGGAGCGUACUAUGCAAGAGUACACCCGAAACAUCCAUUUCUAGCUCGAAAAAGGGUCCAGUCGCUCCACGAGGGUAGACAUGAGCUCACCCCUGCGCAUAAGGCCACGCGUUCAGACGCAUUGCGGACGAAGUGCGACUACGCGACGUUGCAACUAGUAUAUGCCAUAGGAGCACGAUACUUGCAGCUAAGCAAUGACGAUGAUCACUCAUCCCCUACGCGACACUAUGCCUGCGCACUAGCAGAUGCGGACUUUAUCUUCGCAACAGGUAGUCUCGAGAGCUUGGAAACAAUGCUUCUUCUCACGAUAUACCAAUUAAGGUCACCAGCUGGGCCCAGCGUGUGGUGGAUGAUAGAAACAACAAUGCGAAAUUGCAUCGACCAUGGCCUUCACCGAAAAACUAGCAGUCUCUCUCCGAGCCUCGAUGAACGGCGAAAACGAAUAUUCUGGACGUCAUAUAUGUUGGAAAGAUCCGUCGCCCGCACAAUGGGUAGACCUCACUCCAUUUCUGACAGAGAUAUUGAUAUCCCACUUCCAGCCAAUAUCGACGACGAACUAGAUACUGACGAAGCCAUCCUCGCGGCCAUUGCUAAGUCAAAUGAGUGCCCUUCACGGAUAACUACACUCACGCCGGCCAUUCACAUCUUCCGGCUACAACAGAUAGACUCCAAGAUCUCACAUACUGUAUGUCGCGUGGACAAAGAUGUCUCUACAAUCAAGCCGCAUAAGGUAGCUCGUCUUCGGGAUGCUCUGGAAGAGUGGAAGACUGCUAUACCCCAAACUGGUCCAGAGGACAAGCCGCAUCCGUACCUCACGACGGAUUACCAUAUGAUCCAAUACCAUAAAGCGAUCAUACUUCUGAACCUGCCCUUCUUACCCACCUUAACCCCACAGGGCCCGACUUUUCACGAGAUCGUCCACUCCGCCGGACAGAUUUGCAUCCUGUCGAAACGCCUUCAUGACCAACAGACGUACAUCUCCUUCUCUUUGCUCUCAUUACACGCCAACUUUGUCGCUGGCUUGGUCAUGGUGUACUGUUUCUGCCUAGACUCAUCAAUCUUUAGUCCCAAGUUCAGCAGUAGCGUACGAGCUUGCAGCACAAUGUUGUAUAUCAUUUCCGAACGAUGGCCGAGAGCAGUGCAGGCUCGCAAAGCAUUUGACCGCCUUGUCGCUGCUACGAUAGAAUGUGACGGCGAACCAAGUGCGGGUUUGAUGAGGCCUGAAAAUAAUUUGCCUUCGUCACAGGACGGGUUUCAGCCGGGAUUGUUGUCGGGCGAGGCUAGUCAUCCGGAGGUAUGGAACAGUUUCGAGUCGAUACUUGGGGAUCAUCAGAUUGAUCUCGAAACUUGGAUGCACGAUAGCAUCUUUGACACGAUAAAUACAUUCCAGCCAAUGGAUUGGGCAGAGUAG